AUGAGGCAGACACUAGCUUCUUGCACUAUUUCACCCGAGAAUAGGUCAGACAAGGCACUGAAUGAGGCACCUUCUUGCAAGGAGCAAAGCGCUUGCGAGCUGGUGGAAUUCUCUGUGAACGUGAUACAUCAAUCACAUCUCCCGAAUACCACAACGCCGCAUGCAGGUGACUGCAGAGCCGGCAUUUGCACCCCACUGAAAAAGCCAUUGCGCCAUUUGAUCGGGUUGGGAAAAAUACUGUUUGCAAACCGGGAGCCUGCUCUAAUGGGCACUGAACGUGCACAUGUUCGGCGUGGAUCAGUCACGUCAGUCCUCCCGCCUAAACCGGAUGGGUUUGGAUGGGAUUCAGAAACACCUCUCUGUCCGAGGUGUCUUCUGUUCGUGAGCUUAAAUUUCUCUCUGAUGAAUGUGGCUGCUACUACAGCAACACAAGCCGAAAAAGGGCUGGAAAUACGGAGAAUGCUGCUGUCGCCCCGAGAGAACGGUGUCUUUCGAUCUCGCAGUGCUCAGCAGGGAGGAACGGGCCCCGGGCUCGCUGCCGGCUCCCGCAGCGGCCGUUGCGGCUUGCAGCUAAUUAAUUCUCUGCUUUCUUUUGCUUCCUGCAGGCUGGCACCGAUGCGAUUAUAUACGCUGUCCAAACGACAUUUUGUUCUGGUCUUUGUAGUAUUCUUUGUUUGUUUUGGUCUGACAGUCUUCAUAGGAAUAGCAGGUCCUAAUGUAAUUGAAACUUCUGUAGCAAGAACUGAUUUAAAUAACAGCCUAAAGCUGAAGCCAUUUAAUUUAAGUUCGCCACCACUGUCUACUUACAAUCAACAGCUGUGGCUGACCUGCGUAGUUGAGUUGGAUCAGCACGAUGUAUCCCUCAAAAAGAAUGUUACGAUGACAGUCAAAGUACUUGGGGUGGUGAAGGAUGGAAGCACACCAUAUGUUAAUAAUCAAGUUCACAAUCGGACAAGAUUACUCAGUUGUGCACAAAAAUGCAGUGAAAUCAUUGUUGCUCACCUUGGCUACCUGAACUAUACUCAGUACAACGUAUUUGUUAGCUUUGAAGAUUUAAAUAAGUUGACUUACACCAUCCAGAAUAUUACUUUCACAUGGAAGACCUACAAUCCAACUUUUUCACAAGUGGAAAUAUGGUUCCGAUUUGUCUUUGUAGUUCUUACUUUUAUGGUCACGUGUCUGUUUGCACAUUCCCUUCGGAAAUUCUCCAUGAGAGACUGGGGUAUUGAACAGAAAUGGAUGUCCAUUCUCCUUCCCCUCCUGCUACUUUACAAUGAUCCAUUUUUCCCCCUUUCUUUUCUGGUGAACAGCUGGUUUCCUGGAAUGCUGGAUGAUCUAUUCCAGUCACUGUUUCUGUGUGCAUUGUUGUUGUUCUGGCUUUGCGUCUAUCAUGGUAUAAGAGUACAGGGAGAAAGGAAGUGCUUAACUUUCUAUCUGCCCAAAUUCUUUAUUGUUGGACUACUGUGGUUGGCCUCUGUUACACUGGGAAUAUGGCAAACUGUUAAUGAAGUACAUGAUCCUACAUAUCAAUACAGGGUUGACACAGGUAAUUUCCAGGGAAUGAAAAUCUUCUUCCUUGUGGUGGCAACCACAUACAUUCUCUACCUUUUGUUCCUGAUAGUGAGGGCAUGUUCAGAACUUCGUAACAUGCCUUAUGUUGAUCUCAGGUUAAAGUUCUUGACUGCAUUAACCUUUGUAGUGCUUGUCAUUAGCAUUGUUAUACUCUACCUACGCUUUGGAGCACAAGUUCUCCAGGACAACUUUGUUGCUGAGCUGUCGACUCAUUAUCAGAAUUCAGCGGAAUUCUUAUCAUUUUAUGGUUUAUUGAACUUUUAUCUCUACACUUUAGCCUUCGUGUAUUCCCCCUCAAAGAAUGCACUAUAUGAAUCACAGUUGAAAGACAAUCCUGCUUUUUCUAUGCUGAAUGAUUCAGAUGAUGAUGUGAUUUAUGGGGAUUGCCAUGACACUGAUACAGACAGGAGUGACUAUGAGGAAAUGCCACUUCAGAACGGCCAAGCUAUUAGAGCCAAGUAUAAAGAGGAAUCGGACAGUGAUUGAUUUUGAUGUAGACAAACUUGUUCAGCUGGAAUUAAACCAAUUUUGAGUUUUCCUAGAUGGAAAACUUCCUUGGCUUCCUUACAGUCUGCUGUCAUCGGAACACUGACUCCCAGGAAGGACAACCUGCUUCUAUUUCUGUUUACGAAGUUAAAACUGAAAAAAGGAAUGCUUGAAAAGGUUGUGGUGAAAACUUAAGAAACCAAAAUUUUUACAUGUCUUAUAAAAUGUCUGAUAGCAGGAUUGUCUGUGGACUAAAAUCUUUGUCUAUUUCCAUUUAGAAGUGUCACUGAUUAUGUGCUGAUUUUAAAUUUGCUUCCUUGAUGUUUGUUUUUUUGGGUUGGGGUUUUUUUUGAGGAUUAUGUAGAGCAUACUGUCA